GAUCAGGAUCUUCACACAUUUACCUCCAUCAUGGAUGCUCUGGUUCGCGUCAGCGUAAGUGUGAUCAUACUUGACCUACAUAUUCUGGUCACUUGUUGUUAGCCUGUAAUUUGUAUUAUUCUAAUGUAAUAGUCGGACUAAUGUAAUAGUCGGAGUGUCACAGCUGGUAAACACACAGCUAUCACAUAUCAUAGACCACUUCUGUCUGUUGGUGUCUAUGGUUGAAUUGUCAUUUCCAUAGACCUCGAUAGGCCUAUUGGUCGUUAUGCUUCUGAAAUGUGUUUGUGUGUUUAGCAGGAACAUCCGAGUUUGGACCCAGUUACAGAAAAUACAAAUAAUCUAUUCUAAUAUUAUUGCAAAUAAAGUAAUGGGGAAAAAAGGCACGGGAAUGCACAUUGUAGCCUACGACUUUUAGAGAGCCUACGUAUAAGCAUGUGGGAUUCGCCCAUUUGUGACUCGGCACUAGAGCGUUUUGCCCGCUGGUGAAGGCCCAGACACGUUGAUAUCGCAGGGUGAACUAUAAGGGCCCUGCACAUCCCAAGCCACACUAUUCUACGCUACCAUGUGAAGAAGCCUAGAAUUUUCAGACAAAAUUGUAGACUCGACCAAUUAAGGCAAACCGUAGACAUUGUCAAUUAUAAUUAAGGGCGAUACCAAAAAUGUGCUGGCUGGCAGCACGGGCGUGCUGCUAAGGCGGAGUGAUGCGCGUUGUCAUAGAAACGAGAUGCAGGCACGCGGCGACCUCGCGCAGAUGAGAGACAGGGGAAAACGGGGUAGAGCGAGACAGUCCGAGCAGGGGAGAGAUAUGACUAUAAUGUUUAGGUGGCUAUCCUGCAGAGGCGAAGAGGGUGGUCACAUUUUCUGAAUGUUAAAUCGAUGCGAAUAUGAUUGCAUCCGGCCUGAAGUCAACUCGUUGGUUCCCUAUAUGGCUAAUAAAAGCGCACGGGCAAAUAAUGCGAUGAUUCGAAUUCAUGCUGCGUAAGAGCAAACAGGGAUGCAGGGAUUGGAGUCCAACAUGAAGAGUAUGGAGCGGGAGCUGCGCUGUCCCGUGUGCCAUGAGAUGGUGAAGCAGCCCAUCGUGCUGCCGUGCCUGCACAGCGUGUGUGUGUUGUGCGCAGCCGAGGUGCUGGUGCAGAGAGGGUACCCCCCACCUGACCUCCCCCCGGAGCCCAACACCCCCAACUCCAGUCCCCACACGCGCUCCCCGCGCCACGCACGCAGGCCUCCACCCAAGACCGGCCUGGACCGCGUCCUCAAAACAGUCUGUGGCACGUACCCUGGGCGCAGACGUAAGGACACACCUCCUUUGCUGAUGCUGUUUCCGUGUCCAUCGUGUAAGAAAGAUGUGGAGUUGGGGGAGAAAGGCCUGACUGAUUGCCUCAGAAACCUCACACUGGAGCGCAUAGUAGAGAGAUACAGGCAGUCGGUGAGCGUGGGCACCAUGGCGGUCAUGUGCCAGUUCUGUAAGCCCCCUCAGCCCCUGGAGGCCAGUAAGGGAUGUGCCGACUGCAAGUCCAACUUCUGCAACGAGUGCUUCAAGCUGUACCACCCCUGGGGCACGCCCCGCGCCACACACGAGCACAUCCUGCCCACACACAACUUCAGGCCCAAGGUUCUGGUGUGUCCAGAGCACGACCAGGAGAGGCUGCAAUUCUACUGCCGUGUGUGUCAGCGCCUCCUGUGUUCACUCUGUAAACUGCGCCGGGUCCACUCAGGCCACAAGGUCUUGCCCAUCGCCCAGGCCUACCAGACGCUAAAGGAAAAGAUCACCAAAGAGAUGAACUUUGUCAUGGCCAAUCAAGAAACAGUCCAGACCCAGAUCGGCCAAUUGGAGGGUGCCAUCACUCAGAUGGAGCUGAACAGCAGCGUGUCUCAGGAGAAGCUGCUGGCGUGUGUGGAGCAGCUGCGGGCGGCGCUGUCCGAGCGGCAGACAACGCUGGCGUCAGCGCUGGAGGGCUCGCGGGCCCGGCGGGCCGGGGCACUGGAGACCCAGCUCCAGGAGAAGCGCAGUCUGCUGGAGGAUGCCGGCCUCGUCACCUACACCCACGAGCUGCUCAAGGAGAGUGACCAGCCCUGCUUCGUCCAGGCCGGCCGUGUCACCCACUACAGGCUGGCAAAGGCCAUAGAGCACCUGCAGGGUUUCUCUCUCUCCGCCGAUCCCUCGUUCAGACACUUCCAGAUGGACGGAUCUCAAGAGCUUAAACAGAUUAGCAGCAUGGAAUUCAUACGAGCUCCACUGGCUCCGGUGAUUGACACUCAGAAGACGCUGGCCUAUGACCAGCUGUAUCUGUGCUGGCGACUUCCACUUGACUCCGCCCCUGCCUGGCACUACUCAGUGGAGUAUCAGAGGAGAGUGGGCGGGGCUGGCUCUGUUUGGGGCGGGGUCAGGACUGAGGGAAAUGGACCGAACUCUUCUGGUGGCUGGCUGAGGAUGGAGGAUGUGGGCGGGACAAGUGCCGUGAUUGACAGGCUGGAGAUGGACAGUGUGUUUGUGUUGAGGGUGCGGGGCUGUAAUAAGGCGGGCUUUGGAGAGUACAGUGAAGAGGUGUACCUGCACACACCCCCUGCACCAGUGUUGCCGUUUAGUCUGGACUCUCGCUGGGGCCUGCAUGCAGACAGGCUGGCGCUGGGGAAGGGCCAGACGUAUGCGCGCAGCGUCCCUGGUCUCGCCCUCCUGCAGGCGGCCGACCGCACUCUCACUUCCUGUCACCUGACCUCCGAUCUGCUUGUGGCCGACCUGUCAAUCACGCAGGGCCGCCACUACUGGGCAUGCUCCGUGGAGCCUGGCUCCUAUCUGGUCAAGGUGGGGGUUGGGCUGGAAGCAAAAUUACAGGAAUGGUUCCAUCUGCCACAGGACAUGGCCAGCCCACGAUAUGACCCAGACAGUGGGCAUGACAGUGGGGCAGAAGAUGCACAGGACACCCCCCCUCCGUUCUGCUUCCUCACUAUGGGCAUGGGCAAGAUUCUUCUGCCCCACCAGGGGGUAACACACCCCUCAGGAAACCCCCUCACCAUCCCUCUACCCCCUCGCCUUGGGGUGUGUCUGGACUUCGACAAGGGACGUGUCACCUUCUACGAUGCCCACUCUCUCCGCAUGCUGUGGGAGGGGCCUGUGGACUGCUCCGCCCCCGUCUGCCCAGCCUUCUGUUUCAUUGGUGGAGGGGCCCUGCAGUUGCAGGAGCUCGUGGCCAAUCGCAGGAACGAUCAGACCCCGCCCAGGAGGGUGACCAUCCAAACACGCGCCACCAAUCUCUGUAACUGACGUGACGGGUCGCAUAUUCAACCAAUCGGUUGUCAGGAUGGUUCUUAGUGUUAAGCACCUUUUAAAUUACUCUUCUUUUACUGUUCAUGAACGUAUUGUUUAUUUUCUAUUUAUUUUGCUUACCAGGGAUGCUUUGUAUUAAGGUUUGUGUAAACAUUCUGUACUAAUCAAAUUUUUUAACGGUAUACUAACUUUCAGAUUUGCACUACUGCUAAUGGUGGAUCCCGGCAAAUCAUUUUCUCAUGUUGACAUCAUCUGCUCACUGGAAGUAGUAAAAUUGUAAACUGUACAAAAAAAUUCUUCCGACUGUCAAAUGCAUGCAUAACUGGACACCCUGAAUGUGACUCAAGUCUGUACCUCAACGCCUUCUCUAACUCCAGUAUGACAACGAAAGGGGAAUGAACACUUGAGCCAUUGAUUUGCAGCGAUCUACCGAAUGCCGAUUAGUACUUAGUAGCUGUUAGACAAGUUGGAUGGACACUUUGUGAGCAGACCUUGAGGGGUUGACCUGGUGACCUUUUGGAAUGUUUUGUUACCUGGGAAUGUACCCACUGGCACCUCCAUAACAUGUCUUCGUCCUCUCCUCCUCCUGUGUGUGUUUCGUGUGUGUGUGCGUAUGUGUGCGAGGUUGAAAUCGUACUGUUGUAGUUUUGCUCUGUGCCAUAGUAUUGUUUGUAAAAGCAGUUGCUAUCUCUCCAUGCACAGUACAGGUGUGUUCGUAUGGUAUGUCUAACCACCUUGCUCAGGUGGACAAAAACUUAUUCCCAGCAUUUUCAAGGAGGACAGGAUGUGUGUUUAUAUCUCUGCUUGUGUGUGUGUGUGUGUGUUCAUAUACACACAUGCACACACUUUUUUUUUUCAUUAGCAGGAUAAGUGGUGGCAGUGUGUCACUGGCCCAUUGUCUUGAGAGGUGAGAUGUUUGAAGGCUUGGAGCUGUUAAACAGACUUUGUAAUGGCUUCCACCAGUCCUAUGAAUCACCGUUAAACCUCAAAACAGCUUAUCAAAUGCCAACAGCAACCCUCCACUUCCACAGCACUUUCCUUCGCUGAGAUGCUAUUGGCACCACAUCACUUCUCCUCUCUCUCUCAUACACACACACACACACACACCACCUCUGCUCUCUCUCUUAUACACACACACACACACACACACACACACCACCUCUGCUCUCUCUCUCAUUCCACCACAUUGCCUCCAUCCAGAGGCUCUGACGUCCCCAGUCCUGGCUGAGUUUGAACACACGGCAUAUCCCCUGUAUUCCCCAAUCAGCAAUCUGGAUUUUGGCCAACAAGCUUACGCAACUCUUGAACCACAUGUACAUUCACACUCAUUUAUUUGGCAGCCAUUUUAAUCCAAAGCGACUUACAAUUAAGGAAACAGCAAUCAAGACCAGGAGAUAGAAACUACUGGAGUGUUCCACAACAUACAGCAGGGGGCUGAGUGAAAAAACGCUGUAUGGUGACUCUAAAAGAUUCGCUUAGAAUGAAUGUUUUCUCUCAUUUCCAAUUGAUUGUAGGAUCCGUACUGCGUUGUUUGUUUGGUGUCAUGAAUGCAAGCCGGGCCGUGCAGGACUGGUCUGGUUGGUGUUUGUCAACGGUACAUGCAAAGCAGAGCAGAGCAGGUUCUGUUGGUAACAGUGGUGUUAUAGAUGGAUGUUAUGGACAGACCUGUCUGCCCACCUGUAGUCUUUGCUCUGGGCCAAAACUAGGCAAGAAGGGAGCAUCCACACUCACAGCAUGUGUACUAGCACAAACACACACACAAACGCACACUCUCUGUCUCUCUCCACCCCCACCCCACCCAACACACAGGUUUCAGUCUGUCUGACAUUUGUAAUCACAUCCACACUCAUGAUGGUAUAUAUAUAUAAAUAUAUAUAUAUUGCAAAUAUUGCUUUCCAAAAGGAUCAGUUAUAAUUAUUCUUUCAAAAGAAGGAUGCUGCUUUAGACUGUGCAACUGUCAGUCGCAAAUCUAGUUGUAUGCAAGUGUGUGUGUGAGCAUGUUUGAGUUUAUGUGCUAACCUGCCUGUGUGAGUGUGUUAACUUGCAUCUGUGUGUGUGCAUGGGUUUGAGUGUCUGUGAUAGCCUAUGUGUGUGUGUGUGUGUGCGUGCGUGCGUGCGUGUGUAGUUCAACGUUUAUUAGACCAUUUGCAAUAAAGACUGUACUCAGUUGCACACAGCUCUGGUUUUGGCCUCUGUGUUUGUUCACGUUGGUGUGUGUGUGUGUGUUUGUUCACGUUGGUGUGUGUGUGUUUGUUCACGUUGGUGUUUGUGUGUGUGUUUGUUCACGUUGGUGCGUGUCGUUCUCUUGUUUAUGCCUGCACUGCUCUGGCCCAAGGCAUUCUGGGAUAUCUGGUACAUACUCCAGCCAGAAUGGUUGAAUGCUGAAUGUAAGAUGAAACAAAGCGAUGAA